UGUUGUCGAUAGUGUUUGUCACUGCAUCCUAGGUGUUCAUCUAUUAUUUUUUGCUACUAUUCUUUUUCCUUGCGUGUGUUAUGAGGGAGUGACUCCUGGGCAAAGCUAACAGUGGUAUCAGAGCCUCGUGGUGAUGGCUCGUGACAAGUCGCCGGUGGGAACGCCACAAGGUGGCGGCAGCAGUGACGGUGGCUCCGGCGUUCAUGGUGGUGCCGUGGUGGCGGCGCGUAAGGUUGUGUCCAUGCAUUACCCAAUACUGAGCGACACGAACUACGGCUUGUGGGCCGUAAAGAUGAAGCUCAUUCUACACCAUCUUAGUGCGUGGGUAGCGGUAACUGGUGAAGGAUCAUCGGCCAGUGAAGAGAAGGACACUGAAGCUCUUGUCGCCAUCUCCCAAGCUGUGCCGGAUGCCGCGAUGAUGGCCAUCGCGGACAAGGACACGGCUAAGGAGGUUUGGGAGGCAAUCGAGAAGAUGAACAUCAGCGAAGAUCGAGUCAAGAAGGCGCGACUACAAGCAUUGAAGAGGCGAUUUGAUCGCUUGUACAUGGAGGAUUCCGAAACUAUUGCGGAAUUCUCACCAAAGCUCACCGCACUUGUGGGUGAGAUGCGUUCUCUCGAUGGCAAGGUAAAAGAUAGUGUUGUUGUGGAGAAAUUAUUUAGUGCUGUUCCAGACAAGUUUCUUCAGAUUGUUGGCACAAUCGAGCAAUGGGGUGAUGUGUCAAAGAUGUCCAUGACGGAGGUAGUCGGGCGCUUGAGGGCGUUCGAGGAAUCCUUGAAGGGUCGGCGUCGUGAAAAUAAAGAUAGGCAUUUGUUGCUCACUCCUACGGUGGGAGAGUCUCUCACUCAAAGGAAUCUCACUCAAAGGAAAGAAGAACCAUAACCGUGGUGGUGGCCACGGCAAGGCAGGUGGUUACCACAGUGGUGGUCAUGGCCGUGACAACAGCGGCGACGGUGGUGGUCGUGGCCGUGACAACAACGGCGACGAUGAUGCAAGUGAUGACUCCAACGACGACGAGCGCAAGUUGAACAGGAAGAAAAUGAAAUGCUACAACCGUGGCAUACGUGGACAUCUCGCCAAGGAUUGUCGCAAGCCGAGAAGGAGCAGGCACUACUCGCCAAAGCCGACGACGAGCCAACGCUUCUGUAGGUCCGAACGUGCUGGCUCAGGUUUAGGGAAUGAUUGUUAGGAAAUAAACCUGACUGUGUGUGUUCCAGUCAGGCCGUGUGUAGUGUGCGUGCGUCGUGUGGUCAUAAGUUCAGAACGUGUGCGUUGCGUUCGCGAAUAUGCAUCAUUAGCUGAGUAGCUGCACAGGUAGUUUAGUAUAAUCAAGUUCAAGUUUGUUAGCUGCAUGCAUGCGAAGCGGAGCAGUGAUGUGCUUCCCCGGACGGCCGGCUUGGUGAGAGGCUAGAUCGCAUGGAUGAGCAGGAGUGGCUCACGGAUGAUCGAAGGUGUCAGCACUGCGUUGCCGACAAAUGACGUCAACAGUGCCCAUGUGUGAGUAACCCUCGCUAUAUUGGGCCGGACUGGGUCGCGUGAGUUGUAAGGCUGGCGCAUGUGUGAGUUGUUGCGUGUGUGAGCUGGCGUGAGGGGAGCGGGUGAUUGAUAUAUGUAACAACCUGUACGGAGAUGAGAGGUUGGCUUGAGAAAUAAUCAGAAAACGACGAUGACAAUCCGGUUGGAUUGGUCUCGUUCCUCCUUCUCGAAUCCCCUUCUGUGUUCUUCCUUCUUUUGCUUGAAAUCGCUACUAGCCGCUAACAACUUGGUAUCAGAGCCUAGAUCCUUUCGAAAAUCUCUUAAUUUGGCUGUAGAAUUACACUACGAGGUGGGAAUUCUUCUCUUGUAGAAGGAAUCCACAAAAGCUUCGUGCUCCCUCACGGUGGUUGGCUGAAUUCGGAGAGAAAGUGAUCUGAUCUUCCAUCCUGGAGAAGCCACGUUACGUGACUAAGCAAGCAGCUAAGAUCAUGGAGCAGGGGGACAAGUUGGAUUUAUUGUUGAAGAAAAUGGAAGAGGCCGAGCAGAGAAGGGUGGUCGCGGAAGACAAGCUCAGUCGGGAGUUGAUAGAUCUCAAGGGGGUGGUGGAAACACGAGUAUCGGUGGUCGAGAAGAAGAUGGAGACGCUCAGUACGUCGACGGCUCAUUUGGCUGCUCGCAUGGAGGUGAUGCAGAAGGAACUAGGCGUGAAUCAACAGGCGGUCCAGCGACUGGAAGAAGCACACAGGUCAUAUAUUCGCUCGAGAGGAACUACAAAAAAGUCUCUA